CUCAUGCCUACACCCUGGGACUGAGGACACCAAGCUCCUGAGAUUUGACGGGAUAACCACUAAAAUCUCUCUGAAUUCUAAGUUGUCAUGAUCUCAUUACUGUGGAUGGCCAGAACUUGACAUGAGCACUCUUGGGAUUUCAUGUCAUCUGGAGGCAUUCUUAUUUCCAUGUGAACUUGACUGAGUUUUGAAUAGUGCCCAACCCAAGUUCAAAGGCUGAUGAGAGAGAAAAAUCUCAUGAGGAGAUUUUACUCUAGGGAAAGUUGUUCAGUGGAUGUGAUCUUGGCUCACAGGGGAAGAUGUCAGGCUCUUCCUGGCUCAUUCUCAGCCUCGUUGUGGUAACUGCUGCUCAGUCCACCCCAGAGGAACAAGUCAAGACAUUUUUGGACAAGUUUAACCAAGAAGCUGAAGACCUUUAUCAUCAAAGUUCACUUGCUGCUUGGAAUUAUAACACCAAUAUUACCGAAGAGAAUAGCCAACAGAUGAAUGAUGCUGGGGAAAUAUGGUCCGCCUUCUAUAACGAACAGUCUAAGAUCGCUCAAAGUUAUCCAAUACAAGAAAUUCAGAAUUCCACCAUCAAGCGUCAAUUGCAGGCCCUUCAAUAUAAUGGGUCUUCAGUGCUCUCAGAAGACAAGAGGAAACGGUUAAACACAAUUUUAAGUACAAUGAGCACCAUCUACAGUACUGGAAAAGUUUGUAACCCAAACAAUCCACAGGACUGCUUAGUACUUACACCAGGCUUGGAUGACAUAAUGGCACAGAGUACAGACUACAGCAAGAGGCUCUGGGUUUGGGAAGGUUGGAGGUCUGAGAUCGGCAAGCAGCUGAGGCCAUUAUAUGAAGAGUAUGUGGACUUGAAAAAUGAGAUGGCAAGAGCAAAUGGUUAUGAGGACUAUGGGGAUUAUUGGAGAGGAGAUUAUGCAGCAGAGGGGGUAGAUGGCUAUGACUAUAACAGCACACAGCUGAUUGAAGAUGUGGAACAUACCUUUGAACAGAUUAAACCAUUAUAUGAACAGCUUCAUGCCUAUGUGAGGGGGAAGUUGAUGAAUGCCUACCCUUCCCGUAUCAGUCCAACUGGUUGCCUCCCUGCUCAUUUGCUUGGUGAUAUGUGGGGUAGAUUUUGGACAAAUCUGUACUCUCUGACAGUUCCCUUUGAACAGAAACCAAACAUAGAUGUUACUGAGACAAUGGUGAAUCAGGCCUGGGAUGCACAGAAAAUAUUCAGGGAGGCUGAGAAGUUCUUUACAUCUGUUGGUCUUCCUAAUAUGACUCAAGAAUUCUGGGUAAACUCCGUGCUAACUGAGCCAAAAGAUGGCCGGAAAGUGUCCUGCCAUCCCACAGCUUGGGACCUGGGGAACAGCGAUUUCAGGAUCCUUAUGUGCACAAAGGUGACAAUGGACUACUUCCUGACAGCCCACCACGAGAUGGGGCACAUUCAGUAUGAUAUGGCAUAUGCCACACAACCUUUCUUGCUAAGAAAUGGAGCCAAUGAAGGGUUCCACGAAGCUGUUGGGGAAAUCAUGUCACUUUCUGCAGCUACACCUAAGCACUUGAAAUCCAUUGGUCUUCUGCCACUGGAUUUUCAAGAAGACAACGAAACAGAGAUAAACUUCCUGCUCAAACAAGCACUCACAAUUGUUGGAACUCUACCGUUUACUUACAUGUUAGAGAAGUGGAGGUGGAUGGUCUUUAAGGGUGAAAUUCCCAAAGAGCAGUGGAUGCAAAAGUGGUGGGAGAUGAAGCGAGAGAUAGUUGGAGUGGUGGAACCUUUGCCCCAUGAUGAAACAUACUGUGACCCCGCAUCUCUGUUCCAUGUUUCUAAUGAUUACUCAUUCAUCCGGUAUUAUACAAGGACCAUUUAUCAAUUCCAAUUUCAGGAAGCCCUUUGUCAAGCAGCAAAACAUGAAGGCCCCCUACACAAAUGUGACAUCUCAAAUUCUGUCGAAGCUGGGCAGAAGCUGUUCCAGAUGUUGAGGCUUGGAAAAUCAGAACCCUGGACCCUAGCCCUGAAAAAUAUUGUAGGAGAAAAGAACAUGAAUGUUAGACCACUGCUCAGCUACUUUGAGCCCUUGCUUACCUGGCUGAAAGACCAGAACAAGAAUUCUUUUGUAGGAUGGACCACUGACUGGAGUCCGUAUGCUGACGAAAGUAUCAAAGUGAGGAUAAGUCUAAAAUCAGCUCUUGGAGAAAAUGCAUACACGUGGAAUGAUAAUGAGAUGUACUUCUUCCAGUCAAGUGUUGCAUAUGCCAUGAGAAAGUAUUUUUUAGUAGUCAAAAACCAGAUGAUGCCUUUCGGGGUGGAGAAUGUGUGGAUAAGUGACCUCAAACCAAGGGUCUCCUUCAACUUCUUUGUCACUUCACCUAAAAACCUGAAUGACAUCAUUCCUAGAACUGAAGUUGAAGAAGCCAUCAGGAUGUCCCGGGGCCGUAUCAAUAAUGCUUUCCACUUGGAUGACAACACCCUGGAAUUUCUGGGGAUUCAGCCAACACUUGCGCCUCCUUCCCAGCCACCCAUCACCAUAUGGUUGAUUGUUUUUGGAGUUGUGAUGGGAGUGGUGGUGGUUGGCAUUUUCGUCUUGAUCUUCACUGGGAUAAGAGAUCGAAAGAAGAAAAAUCAAGCAAGAAGUGAAGAGAAUCCUUAUGCCUCUGUGGACAGUGGUAAAGGAGAAAAUAAUCCAGGAUUCCAAAGCAGUGAUGAUGGUCAGACUUCUUUUUAGAAAAAUCUAUCUUUUUUCCUCCUGAGGUGAUUUUAUUAUAUAUAAAUGUUAAUUUCAUGGUACAUAAAAUAUGAGAUUAUAAAGAUGUCAUUAAAUAUCAAAACUGUGACUCUGUUAAUGAAAAAUUGUCCAAAACCCACAUGGCUAAGGAGAGAACCUCUUCGUUGAUAUUGCUUUCAGUAUUUAUUUCUGUCUCAGGAUUUGACUUCUCUUCUGUUUCCUAAUAGGGAUGAUUAUACUAAAGAAUAAUAGGGAAAGUGCAUCUUUGGCCUCACAGGCUGUUCAGGGAUAAUGGAAAUGGAAAUGCUUGUUGAGUUACAGGAGUUGGGGGAAAAAAAGAUAUAUCAUAGAUGCAAGUGUUGGUCCUUGUAUGAAAUCUGGAUGGAUCAUUUGUAAGGACAGUGCCUGGGAAGUGGUGGAGUUGCCAGAAUUGAAAAUGGUACACUCCACUUACUUGCAUUUAAUCCAAACAUAAAGGAGGAUAUGCUUCUUUCACAUUAACUUAAUCCAAGCACUAUAGUGAUUUUCCCACUUUGAUGUUUGGAAUGGACCAUGCUUUCUUCAGUGUGACAGGUCUAAAGAAGAGAGAAUUCGGGGAACAGGUAGAGGACAUUGCCUUUUCAUGUUCAAGCUGCUUGAUCAACAUCUCCCUGAUGAUACCAUACAAACACCGGGGACCUCCAUGAAUCCCCAGAGCUUACCCUUUAGAAACUCACUUCCAUUAUUCUCUAACUGUGGAGUGAGUGGAAAUUCUAAUGGAGUGUUCAUCCUCUGAAGUGGGUACCCAAUCUCUUAAAUCUUUUCUAUUCACCCACAGUAUCUAAGUAGUGCCGAGCAAAAGCAGACAAAAAUACAAGAUUUAUAGACUC